CUUGGAUUUCCGUUGUGGCGCCUCAUAUAGCACAAAUCCUCUCGUUUGCUACAGCUAAAUGGAUAGUUUCUAUAGAAAAGCCAUUGUUUUAGCUUCAGCUUUAGCUUUAGCAUUGGUCAGUGGUGGCUAUGCUCAAGAUACUCUUUUUCCAGCCAUCAUAUCAUUCGGUGACUCAUCGGUGGAUGUUGGCAAUAAUAACCAUCUAUCCACAAUUUUCAAGGCCAAUUACCCUCCUUAUGGAAGAGAUUUUGCCAAUCAUAAACCCACAGGGAGGUUUUGCAAUGGAAAAUUAACUAUUGACAUCACCGCUGAAGCUUUAGGAUUUAAGACUUAUGCACCAGCAUAUCUCAGCCCAGAAGCAUCAGGAAAAAACCUUCUUAUUGGAGUCAACUUUGCAUCGGCAGCAUCUGGGUAUGACGAUAAGACUGCCUUUCUGAAUAAUGCAAUUCCAUUGUCCCUGCAGUUAAAGCACUUCAAGGAGUAUCAGACUAAAUUAGUGAAGGUGGCUGGUGGUAGAAAAGCAGCAUCAAUCAUCAAAGACGCAUUAUACAUCUUGAGUGCAGGCACCGCUGAUUUCUUUCAGAACUACUAUGUCAACCCUUCUGUAAACAAAGUUUACACUCCCGAUCAAUAUUCCUCAUACCUUGCCACUACAUUCUCAAGCUUUGUUAAGGACCUGUAUAGUUUGGGGGCAAGGAAACUUGGGGUAACUUCACUCCCGCCAUUGGGUUGCGUUCCUGAAGCCCGAAACUUUUUCGGAUAUCGUGGAAAUGACUGUCUCUCCUGGGUCAAUACUGUUGCACGGCAAUUUAAUAAAAAUCUCAACUUAGCUGCAGAUAAUCUCCGAAAGCAACUUCCGGGUCUAAAGAUAGUUGUCUUCGAUAUCUACAAGCCAUUGGAGGAUCUGGUUAAAUCUCCUCUAACUUAUGGUUUUGUCGAAGCAAGAAGAGGAUGCUGCCAGACGAGGACUGCUGGGAAAAUAUCAGUAUUGUGCAAUCCAAGGUUGCCAGGAACUUGCCCCAAUGCCACUCAGUUUGUGUUUUGGGACAGUGUCCAUCUUUCUCAUGCUGCUAAUUGUUUUUAUCUUUAG